GUCAUGGCCCUUCUAUUGUUUUUCUUAUGGAAACUUGCAACAGUGAAGAAUUCAUGGAGGAACAUAGAAGAAGUAUCAAGAUUUUCCCCAAUCGAGAGUAUGUCGAUCCGAUCAACUCGUCAAGGGGCUUCGCAAUUUGGUGGAAGGCGGGUAUUAGUAUUGAUGUAAUCAGCAGUGAUAGGUAUUAUGUUGAUGUUAGCAUUGACAUGGGGAAGAAGUUCUUUUGUACUUUUGUUCAUGCCCCGACUACAGCUGUUAGUAGAAGGGAUUUUUGGGAGCACUUAAGUUCCCUUCGGAGUAGUAGGGGAGACAACUGGGUCAUUGUAGGUGAUUUUAAUGCUGCGGUUUAUGAGAAUGAAAAGGAGGGGAGAUGCCCGCUUAGAUACGAGAAUGUAGAACCUUUCAAAAGGUUCAUCUUUGACAAUGCCCUCAUCGAUAUUGGGUUCAAAGGAAGCCCAUUCACUUGGUCAAAUAAGCGGACGGGAGCAAACUUAGUCAGAGUAAGGCUGGACCGAGUGUUGUGUUCACCAUCAUGGAGAGCGCAGUUUGGUGAAGCGGUUGUGUUUCAUGAAAAAAUGGUGAGCUCAGACCACUGUCCAAUUAGGAUCGACCUACACUAUCAAGGAAGCAGAAGAAGAAAUCCGUUCAGAAUAGAUGAGAGAUGGUUGGAGAAAGAAGAAUGUAAGGAGAUUGUUUGUAGAGAAUGGGAUCCGAGUGGGCAAUCUAGCAACCAGCUGAGCAAAUGCGAGAGAGAACUGAAGGCGUGGUCAAAAGAUUUCCAUAAGAAUAGGAUUCUUAGGGAAAAUGAAAUUGUGAAUAGGUUGGAUGUCCUCCACCAACCUCCAAGGGUGCAGGAAAAUGUGGAGGAGGAAAAGAACCUCACAGAAGAACUGAAUAAAAUUUGGCUGGAAGAGGAAAGCUUUUGGAGCCAAUGCUCCAGAGUCAAUUGGCUACAAAAAGGGGACCAAAAUACUUCCUUCUUCCAUUCCAGCACAAUUUUCAGGAAACACAAAAACAAAAUCCUUCGCCUAAUGGAUGAUCUGGGGAAUUGGGUGGAAGAUGAAGCAAGGCUUAAGGGUAUGUCAGUGGGGUUUUUCAAAGGUCUUUUCAAGGCAAGAUCUCCUAUUGCUUUCCACCAUCUCCUUCAAGGCUUUCCAACGAUGGUUACAGGAGAGAUGAAUGAAGACCUCACUGCGACUAUUAGCGAUGAGGAGAUUAGGAAGGCAGUGUUCUCUUUAGGAGCCCGAAAAGCUCCUGGUCCGGAUGGGUUCUCAGGAAAAUUCUACAGGAAGUACUGGGAUACUAUUGGUGAAACACUUUGCAGAGAAAUAAAGGAUUUUUUUGAGACUGCAUCUAUGCCGGAAGGUUGGAAUGACACUCACAUUGUGAUGGUACCAAAGGUUGACCAUCCGGAAAACAUUGGGCAAUUCCGCCCCAUUAGUUGCUGCAACUUCAGGUACAAAAUCAUAUCAAAGAUCAUGGCGACCAGAUUGAAGAAAUGGACCCCGUCCAUUGUCUCUGAGCUUCAAACAGCAUUCACAAGCGGUCGUCUCAUCCAGGACAAUAUCAUUAUUGUUCACGAAGUAUUACAUCAUUUCAAGAACCACAAAUUGGGCAACAGGAGAGAUAUGAUGCUGAAACUGGAUAUGAAGAAGGCAUAUGACAUGGUUGAUUGGGAAUGCCUGGAAACUCUUCUGAGAAGAUACGGUUUUAAUGAUAAGUGGUGCAGAUGGGUUAGCAGUUGUAUCCGAACUGUUAGAUUUUCCGUGUUGUUCAAUGGUGAAGCAUCGGAGACCUUCUGUCCAUCUAGAGGCAUUAGACAGGGAGACCCAUUGUCCCCAUUCCUCUUCAUCCUUAUGUCUAAUGCUCUCACUUUCCUUGUUGACAAGGCUGUGUCGGAAGAUCGCAUUAAGGGGAUUAAGCUUAACACUAGAUGUCCCAUCCUCACCCAUUGUCUUUUUGCAGAUGACACAGUCAUUUUUGGAAAAGCUAAUACUCAGGAGGCAGGUAGAAUCGUGGAGAUCAUCAAUAAGUAUGGAGCAAUCACUGGUCAAGAGGUCAAUAUCAACAAGUCGUCUGUUUUCUUCAGUGCGAAUGUUCCAACGGAGGAAAAGAACGACAUUAUCACUCACAUUGGGUUUGCCCCUACCAACUGUCACUCCAAAUAUCUAGGAGUCCCAACCGAAUGGGGAAACUCAAAGAAGGAGACUUUCUACUUCCUCAUCCAAAGGAUGGAAAAGAUGGGGGAAGCAUGGAAGAGCCUCCUCCUUUCCCAUGGAGGGAAGGAGGUGCUCCUUAAAGCUGUGAUCCAGGCUAUUCCAUCUUUCAUUAUGUGCCUCUUCCUCCUACCAGUUUCUCUAACAAAGAAGAUGGAUUCUCUCCUCAGUAACUUCUUCUGGUCAGGGUCGAUGCAAAAGAGCAGCCUACACUGGUGUAGUAAGGAAAUACUUUGUGCCCCGAAGUCAGAAGGAGGUCUGGGUUUUCGAAGCUUUAGAGAUUUUAAUCUGGCCCUUCUGGCAAAGCAAGCCUGGCGACUCCUGACCACCCCUAAUGCCCUUUGGAGCCGACUCCUCAAAGGUCUCUACUUCCCUAGAGGUAACUUCCUCACAGCGAAAAAAGGAAGCAAACCAUCGUGGAUCUGGGCUAGCCUCUGGGAAUCCAGAAAAGUUGUCAAUUUGGGAGCAGUGAGAGUGAUUGGGUCUGGAGACGACUCAUGGAUUGAUCAAGAUCCUUGGGUCCCCUCCCUCCAUAAGGCAAGCAUUCAGAGUGGACCUCAAGAUCAUAUUCGUGUCAAUUCUUGGAUCGAUCAGGAGGGGAGGAAGUGGAAUUAUGAUAUGAUCCAAGGGCAAGUGUCUUCUUCGGAAAUGGACGCAAUUUUGAGAAUUCCCAUUGGGGAAAUGGAUUCUAAGGACUUCUGGGCGUGGAAAUUGAAUGAGAUUGGUGUCUUCACUGUCAAAACAGCAUACCAUGCGGUACACUUAGCCUCAACGGAACCCCAAACGAUUGCCAAUAUGGAAAAGUGGAAAUGGAUGUGGAACCUGGAUAUCCCUCCAAAACUUAAGUUCUUCGUUUGGAGGUGCGCUAAGAACGGGCUUGCAACAAAAGAGAAACUCUUUCAAAGGAAAUGCUCUCCUAACUCGAUAUGUCAAGUAUGCCAAUGCCCCAUUGAGUCUCUCGUCCACUGCCUUUUCUUGUGUGACCAUGCAAGAGAAUCUUGGACCACUAUCUUCCCAUCCCUCCCAAUUCCUGCCCAGUCUACUGCCUUCCUUGACUGGUUGUACUCUUUAAAGGAUGUUAUCCACGCAAGAGCCAUGUUCCAUGUUAUCUUCCUCUGCUGGAAUAUUUGGAAGGCAAGAAAUGAGUGUGUGUUCAAGAAUCGGAUCCCUUGGCAUCCGAAUGUGAUUAUGAGAACAUACAAGGAUCUUACUGAAUGGACGACCUGUCCGAGGAUGCCCCUCCUUUGCUCUCCUUCUCCUCAGCUCAGGGGAGCCCACUCGCUCACUUCUCCACCGCCAAGCAAUCAUAAUUUUGUGAUUCACUGUGAUGGGUCGUUCUUAAACGACUCCCAGCCGGCGGCAUAUGGUGUUGUUGUCAUUAACCAUCAUGGGCAAGUGUGUGACGGGCGAGCUGACACCCUCCUUUGUUCCACCCCGUUCGAAGCCGAAACAAAAGCUCUUUUGGAAGGUCUCAAAUUAGCUCAAGAAUAUGGCACUGAAUGUGUUGUCCAGUCUGACUGCCAGACGUUAGUGAAAGCUCUUAAUCAAGAUUCUAGAAGUUGGCCAUGGCGAGGAGCAGCCUGGAUUGGAACCAUGGUUUCAAUCCUGAGAGCAAACCCUCAAAUCAAGGUCAAGGCGGUUGCGCGUAAAUUUAAUGUUAGAGCAGAUUGGGUUGCGCGAUCACUUGCUAGAUCUUCUCUCCCAGAUGACUGGAUUAGUGUUCUUGAUCUAAUUUCUGACUUCCUUUAAAGUUUGUAACCUCUGUCUUCGUAUUGGUGAUGGAAUAAAAGUUGAACCUUAUU